GUAACUGAUGGUUUGAUAGCUAGUCAGCCAGCAUCAGGCACAAUGACUACGAGCAUUCAGAUUUUCAGAGGAGAAAAGGGACGAUGCUUGAAAGCCCACGGAAUCUUCAUACUUUUGUUCACGGAUGUCUUUGUACAAAAUGUAAAUGGGUAUAUGACCUCUCCACAUGUGGGUCAAGACCCCCCCUACAGUCGUGAUGCCCAGUACAGCGCUGUCAUCUCCAGCCCUCUGGUCCCUGCUGCAGCCUCUGCCUCCCCCACAGGCAUGGACAGUUAUGCUUCUAAGUGCCCCAGUGGAGGUCUAUGCAGCAAACUGCCAGCUCACUGCAUUAGCUGUAGCUAUCACCACAACUGCAGUUAUGGCAAGCCUGCUUCUUUCAGUUGCAAGCCCAAGAGAGGUGUCCACUGCAUAGGGGAGGCUGAUCAGCAGCAGCAAACCAAUUUUAGCCUCACAGUCACAUGUCAGUUCUGCUGGCAGCUGGAUGCUUCACAGUACAGAUGUAACACCUCCACCAGUUGUAUGACAGUCUCCUGUCCUCGCCAGCGCUACAAUACCACCUGCAAUGUUGUAGACCAUGUGCAUUGCAUAGGUAAAAGGAAAUUCCAGAAACGUCUUUACUGCAACUGGACUGGAGGAUACAAGUGGUCUACAGCGCUGGCUCUCAGCAUCACGCUAGGUGGGUUUGGUGCCGACCGCUUCUAUCUGGGCCAGUGGAGAGAAGGCCUGGGAAAGCUCUUCAGCUUCGGGGGCCUGGGGAUCUGGACCCUGAUCGACGUGCUGCUCAUAGGGGUGGGCUACGUGGGACCGGCAGACGGCUCCCUCUACAUAUGAGCCACGGGGCUCCAGAGUUGCAGAGGCAAGACGGGAUGAUUACACAGUGCCCUCUCCGGUUGAGACUGCCUGACUCUUUAACCGUCCAAGAUGCCACCCCAUUAGCACGUCUGCCUGCCCAAUCUCCCACAGCCCUCCUGUCCCAUCUGCUAGAAACGCUGCGGCGUAUGCCUCGUCAAAUACGUCACAACCUGCACGUGUCAUAUUCCAGCUCACUCAUCCUCCAAUGUUCUGUACUGUACACUAACUGGAGGUUAAGUUCUUUGGUGAUGGCUUAUGUUGGUUAAAGACAGUGAGAGGUUAAAAUGUGAAGUGGAGGUUGGCUUUUGGUGACAAGUGGUCUGCACAGGCAAAAUGUGAGUUUGGGCCCUUGUGGCACCAGCUUCCUCAUUGCAUAUUAAAGCAUAGGUGGUUAAGGUGUAACCAUGGCUACCAGACAAUUCUGGAAAGACACAAAUCUGGAGAAUAUGUUUGGUCCCAGUGGAGAGAGAAUUUUCCAAUUAUAGUUAAAUGCUGUGCAGAUUAAAAUCCAGUGUUCUUCCAAUUAUCCAAGAUGGGAGAUGGAUGGACAUAUAUCAUUUUACGGUUCUUCACUAUGCCCUUUUGUAAGAAUGGGUGCUCACCGGGAAAGAACAUUUGUAUUGAAAAAGUUGAUUUCCAUUGCACAUUGUAUCUGGAUUUAUGACUAAAAAGGUUUUUUUCUAUACAUUAUCAGUAAUCUGUCAGAUUUCAGGAUUACACAGUAUAGAUGACACUAUCUGCAUGCCCAGACAUGGUGUGCUGUGCACAUGUUGUAAUGUUCCUAAACCUGUUCAUGCAACAAGGCUUGUUGAUGUUGCAGCCAUGUUUUUGUUCCAUGCAUAGCGUAUCCCUGGUGGUAUGUUGUAUGACAUAGCUGCUGAGAAUGUUGAGAACAAACGUUUUGGGGUUCCAUCUUCUGAAAAUGUCAAAUUUACUGACAUUUGUUCUUUUUGCUUGAAUACUGUAUAUUUUGUUUUUAAAAAGGUUGUAAAUAUAACUUAAUGUCCUAAAAUAUUUGCUGCCUUUAAUUGAUUUUG